AGUAAUUAAACUCUGAAACGAAUGGUCGUGUCUCUUUCCUUGCCAUUCCCACUCCUUAGCCCUGCCUAGCCUAUCUUCAAUUCCAUCAAAUCUCUUUACUUUCUCUUAUUCUCUAUCUAUAUUUUGCAGGCUCAAUCAAAAAUGGCUAUGGUGACUGCUUCUGCAACUGCUCUUCAUCAUCUGCAUUCCCUCAAUCUUCCCAACUUCUCACUUUUCUCCAAAAACCAUGCCAACCCCUCCACCACCUGCUUUAAACUAGAUUCUAAUGUAAUUGAAACGACAAGGAGAAGACCUCUUCUUUCCCCUCUUUUGAUGAAAAACAACACAUUUUGUGAGGUUGUGCUUGAGUCUAAUGAGGUUAAUGAAGAAGAAAUGGAAGAGCUCAGUGACACCCAUGAGACCCUCUUGUAUUCUUUUAAUCCUUUGCCUCUGUUGUUUGUGGCUGCUCUACCUGGAGCUGGGGCUAUAAGGUCUGUGUUUGGACCUUUUGUUGAGCUAGUAAAGUCAUGGAAUCUUCCACACUGGCUUGUACACUGGGGUCAUCCUGGAAAUAUGGCAGUUGUGCUGUUUGCCAUGGGUGGCUAUGGAACCUAUUUGGGUUUCAGAAUACGUUUCUCUGAUGAUUUGGAAGAAAAAGCAAAGGCCAAAGACUUGCAUCCAAAGCUUUUGGCUGGGAUGUUUUUCUUUUUUGCUCUUGGAGCAACUGGUGGAGUAACAUCACUUCUCACUUCAGACAAACCCAUCUUGGAGAGCCCACAUGCUGUUACUGGUUUAAUUGGCCUUUCUCUGCUUGCUAUUCAAACCAUAUUACCUACAUUAUUUGAGGGAAAUCCUGGAUUGCGAAAUGUUCAUGGGAUUUUAGGGAGUGGGAUCAUGACUCUGUUUCUUGUUCAUGCUGCCCUUGGACUUCAACUUGGCCUAAGCUACUAACUAUGACUAUGCUCUUUGUUACAAUAUUUUUCAAUGGUUCCUUUUUCCUUUAGAACUAAUUUGACAGCAAAGACUUGGACUAAAAACUUGUCAUCGCUUGAUUAUUUAAAACCAAAAUAUAAAAGAAAGAGAGUGUGAAAGUAUAAAGAACAACACAGCUGCACAUUCUUAGAUUUACUAUUUAGCAGGCUGUCAAGUAUAGAGGGGAAACCCCUUCAAAGUGUUGAGCUCAAUGUUCUUGGAUC